UAAAUUAUUAUAAAUUAAAAAUAAGUUAAUGUAGUAAAUUGACAUUUCAAUUUACGUGGAGAAUUAAUCUGUUGAUGGAAUUAGACCUUACGAAUUGAUUUGUUAUUCAUAAAAAAAUUGCAGGGAUUUGACUUAUGGAUUUUCACGUGGAGACAAAUUUAUAAAUUACCCUUAACUUUUUCUACCAAAGAUCAUGAUCCAACUUUGGCACUUGGCUUAUUGGGCCCUUUUUUUUUUUUUUCUUUGCCUCUGGUUGGUUGCUCAGAAAGCUCUGAUAAAGCGAAGGAACUUCCUGCUACUUCUUCAUUAGGGGGUUAAUAACAUAUCAAUUUCAAAUGCAAAAGUGCUAUUCUUCUUCACGUAAGCCAUCUUCAAACAAUAAUGGGUAAACAUGCAGCCCCACUUCGUUGAUUAUUCCAUGCACUGACACCAAACUAUAAGUUUUCAGUCUUUCCUCCAGAUGCAAUUGAAAAUUAUCACAACUGCCCACCUUCGCCUUCUCUCCCCAUGCAAAGACCUGAACUCUCUCCUUCAAGUUCAUGCCCGCUUGAUAGUCUCAGGUCUUCAAGAAGACCAUUCGACAAGUGCCCAUCUUGUUAAGUCUUACCUUUCGUUUAAAAAAUGUGACUCUGCUCGUUUUGUGUUUGAUUCUUUGCCAAACCCAAGUGUCAGGUUAUACAACUCCAUGAUACGAGCUUACGCAAGUGUGAGAAGUCACCAAGAAGCUAUUCAAUUGUAUCAUUGCAUGUUAAGUAAACGCUUAGAGCCAGAUAAGUAUACGUUUACGUUUGUUUUGAAAGCUUGCACUGGUGCAUUAGAGUUUAAAGAGGGCGUUUUAGUUCAUCGUGAUAUAGUUUUUAGAGAGUUAGAUUAUGACAUUUUUAUUGGGACUGCUCUUGUUGACAUGUAUUGUAAAUUGGGUGAUUUAGAAUUGGCAAGAAAAGUAUUUGAUAAAAUGCCCAAGAAAGAUGUUAUAACGUGGAAUGUAAUGAUUUUGGGUUUGUCACAGAGUGUGAAUCCUCAAGAGGCACUGGGGUUUAUUAGGAAUAUGCAAUUGGUUGGUAUGGAACCUGAUUUAGUAAGCAUUGUCAAUUUGGUUCCAGCUGUUUCAAGUUUGGGUGAUAUUGAUGCUUGUAGUACCAUACAUGGUUAUGUGAUUAGGAGGGGUUUUGAUGCAGUUGUUUCGAAUGGGUUAAUUGAUAUGUACUCUAAGUGUGGGAACAUUGAUGUGGCUAGUCAGGUCUUCAAACAAAUGCAAGACAGGAAUGAUAUUUCAUGGAUAACAAUGAUGACAGGGUAUGCACAUAAUGAAUGCUUCUUUGAGGUUUUGGACUUGUUUGAUUGCAUGAAGAGAGGGAAUGUUAGGUUGAAUUAUGUAUCAAUUGUAAAUGCUCUUUUGGCUGCUGCAGAGAUGAGAGAUUUAAGGAGAGGGAAAGAAAUUCAUGAUUAUGCUAGAAAACAAAAAAUUGACUCGGAUGUUUUGAUUGCUACUGCUUUGAUGACUAUGUAUGCAAAAUUUGGAGAUCCAGAUGCAGCUAAAUCUUUGCUUCAAGGGCUUAAAGGAAGGGAUUUGGUUGCUUGGUCAGCAAUCAUAGCUGCUCUUGUUCAAUCAGGGUAUCCUGAAGAUGCACUGUCAUUAUUUCGGGAGAUGCAGAAUGAUUGUUUGAAAGCAAAUAAUGUUACCCUCAUGAGUGUACUUUCAGCUUGUGCGGAAGUAUUGUGCCCAAGAAUAGGUAAAAGCGUGCACUGUUAUGCUGUUAAAAGCCAUAUUGAUUUAGAUAUCUCACUUGGAACAACCUUAGUUUCUAUGUAUGCUAAAUGUGGAUUCUUUGCUUCUGCAUUGACUAUAUUCAAUAGAAUGCCAUGUAAAGAUAUUGUUAUGUGGAAUGCUUUGAUAAAUGGGUACACCCAGAAUGGUGACCCUUAUCAUGCAAUGGAGAUUUUCCAUGAAGUGCAGGUAUCUGAAAUAUGCCCAGACUCAGGAACCCUGGUGGGUUUGCUUUCAGCAUGUGUCCUAUCAUAUGACCAAGGCCAAGGAUCCUGCAUCCAUGGAAAAAUAAUUAGGUAUGGCUUUGAAUCUCAAUGUCAUGUAAAAAAUGCUCUUAUUGACAUGUAUGCCAAAUGUGGAAGCCUUUCCAUUGCUGAAUUAUUGUUUAAGGGAACUGAUUUUAAAAAGGAUGAGGUAUCUUGGAAUGUACUGAUUGUGGGAUAUGUGCACAGUGGACAUGCCAAAGAAGCUAUUUCUGCAUUUUGCCAGAUGAAAUUAGAGAAUUUUCAUCCUAAUCUAGUCACAAUUGUGAGUGUCCUUCCUGCUGUAGCAUGUCUGUCAUCCUUAACGGAAGGCAUGGCUUUUCAUGCCUGCAUUAUCAGAAUGGGAUUUGAGUAUAAUAUACUUGUCCAGAAUUGUCUUAUUGAUAUGUAUGCCAAAUGUGGGCAGCUUCAUAACUCAGAGAACCUAUUUUAUGGGAUGAAGAGUAAAAACACUGUUUCAUGGAAUGUGAUGCUCACAGGGUAUGCAGUUCAUGGGCAAGGGCACCAUGCUAUUGAACUUUUCUCACUUAUGCAAAAGAGUGAUAUCAGGGUUGAUUCUAUAUCCUUCCUCAGUGUGUUGUCUGCUUGUAGACAUGCAGGUUUAAUAGAUGAAGGGAGGACCAUAUUUGAUGCCAUGUGCAAAAAGCACCAUCUUGAACCAGGUUUGGAACACUAUGCUUGCAUGGUUGAUCUAUUAGGUCGUGCUGGAUUAUUUGAUGAAAUAUUGCAUUUAAUCAAGGCAAUGCCAUUGGAACCUGAUGCCAGAGUGUGGGGUGCCUUACUGGGUGCAUGUAAAAUGCAUUCUAAAAUCCUGUUAGCAGAAUUUGCAGUAGAUCAUCUUCUUAAACUUGAGCCUAAGAAUCCAACCCAUCAUGUAGUUUUAUCAAAUAUCUAUGCUAAAUCUGCAAGGUGGGGAGAUGCAGGCGACACAAGAUCAAAGAUGAUCAAUACAGGGCUGAGAAAAGGCCCAGGAUGGAGUUGGGUGUGACGCAGUGCACCAAUAUAAGGUAUACUUGCAUUUGGAGUGGGUGAUAAGGGCUAUUCAUGAGUAAGGAAUGUGGCUUCAUUCUGAAACAUUUAUUUUAAGAAGAUUGGAAAAGAAUAUUAUAUGUUUCCAGACAGGACUGGUUUGCUACAGGAUGUGGAGGAGAGAACUGUUGCUUUUAAAGCAUAGCUGAUGUUAGCCAUAGUUUUUGCUCCUCUGGAGCCCAGAUGCUUGUCCAGAAGUGUAAGAAUUUCUAUAUUUCCACUGAUCAUUGCCUUACCUUACGUAUCCUUACAAAAAUGCCCAACCUGCAAGAUGAAAACUCAUUGUUUGAGAAACUGCUAGUUAGUCAUUCCCUUCAUUUUGUUGUGCUAUCUGCUUGUGCAGUUAUUAUGAAGAAGUACAAACACUUCUUCGCUUACAAAUUUGCAAGCAGUGUAUGCAAGAAGCUUGCUGCUGUGAGGAGUAUUAAUCUUUAGCACUCAAGAUUUAAUGAACAGCUCCCUUGAUGAAGAUUUGACUGGUUAUAGUUCCAUGAAAUAGUAGUCUGAGAUCCACAAUGGAUGGGCCUUGAGCAGGGAAAAUAAUAUAAACUUGCAAUAAAACUUCCUACAGUUGCAAGAGCAUAUUGAUCAAGGCCUAUCAAUGAUCAUUUCAUUGCUUUGACUUACUGAUCAUUACAUUAUAUUGGAAGGUAUCUCAUAUAUUAUUCAUGCGGAAGCUUGGAAUGAUUUUUCCAAAGAGGAAAAGAUUAACACUCAGCUCUACAAGUUACAGCAUCUUCUUGAAAGGAGCAGGAGAUUGAGCCACUGAAACACAAUUGCUAUACUCAUCAUUGCUUCUUGCCAAAUAUUCCAACAAGCUAGAUUUAAAACUUGGACCAUGAGCAAUGUGGUUCACAGAAUUGUCAAGGCAAGGUUUUCCCAUGAAAAGCAGCUCGAUGAACGUUCUUCAGUGGGAAUUCCAUUCUCAAGUAUUGCUACCAAUAUCUCUUUUCCAUGAUUUGCUGUUGUAAUUGAGAUGUUGCCAGAGAUCCUUGUGUUUUAUGUUAUAGUUUGGAGAAGAGGAUUGUCUCAAGGUGUUCAGUUGUAAAAGUCUUGCUAUUGAAGGGUUUGGUCAAGGGACAUAUUGAUUUAAGUACUGUAUAGUCAAGCACUGAGAAGUACUUCCUGGAUAGUUUUUUGAUUGAGUAUCGGGAAAAGGUACCUUAACUCUUGAGCAUCUUCCGAGGAGAAACAAAUAUUGUGCAAUUGGGAUUUGGAUUUGAGGAAAAACACUCGUUAUCCUCCCUUACUUGAUGCUGGGUAAUCGGAGCUUUAGCCUUAUUCUACUUUCACUGCUGGCUGCUGACUAUACCACCGCCUCCAAUGUGGUUGUCUUUUUAAGUGGUUUUACUGCAUACCUUUAUUUUUAUGAGAGAGAUAAUUGAGGCAUCGAUAGGGAAGUCAUAGGUGUGGAUGACUCAACUGCUUUGCAGUGUUCCUUUAAGAAGGUUAAGUGCUCUAUUAUUGAACUAAUUUGAUUUUGGAAGUACUGGGAUUGACGUAUUAAUAUUGACAUAAUGUAGACAUUAAAUUAUAAUUUACUUCUUAAUUUAAUGCCAUAGAUUCAGUGGGAAGUUUACAUGUGACUUGAAACUUUCUGCACAAUCCAUGGCAAGCAUCCUUGAGUUGGUGGCA